CAUCGCACAUUCCCUACACACCCAGACGACCCUCUAUGUCUUACUCUUCCACCGACAAACUCAGCCAAGCCUCCACCAUCGACUCCCUCGCCCAAUCCACCCUUCUCCGCCCUAAUCCGCACCUGGCCCAUGCCCUUUCCAACUCCCAAAAGCAUGGUCUACCUCCAAUUGCCAUCUCCCCACUCCAAGGACAAUACCUAUCCGUCCAAUGCCGUCUACUGGGCGCAAAGUCCGUGCUCGAAAUCGGCACUUUAGGUGGCUACUCCACCCUCUGCUUCGCUGAAACCGGGGCCAAAGUAACGAGCAUCGAGAUCAACCCUCGUCACCAGGCCGUGGCACUCGAGAACAUCUCCGCUGCUGGUCAUGACGCCGAGAUGAUUCUCGGUGCCGCGCUGGAUGUGCUCCCCAAAUUGGAGCAGGAGGGAAGGAAGUUCGAUAUGGUGUUUAUUGAUGCGGAUUGGGAGAGGCAGGGGGAGUACUUUGAUUGGGCUGUUCGACUGACGCGGGCGAAGGGGGGUAUUUAUGUGGAUAACGUGGUUAGGCAGUUGUUGGAGAGCGAGACGACGGAUGCUGGGACGGAGUCGCUAAUGACAAAGGUGGGGAGGGAUGAGAGGGUGACAGCGACGCUUGUGCCGACGGUUUCUUCGCAUAGGGGGAUGGCGGGGGCAGCGUUUGAUGGGUUUUUGUUGGCGGUGGUGCACUAGGCAUUCUAUUGAGAGGGAUAUCAUGGAAGGCUAGCCUUCUAUCAAUCAAUGCCAUCCUAAAUUGGUUCAGAAAAUUUUGGCCCCUAACGCCGCACAAUUCAUCCGACGUACACUAUUCGUUCUUUUCCAUGGUUAACCCGUUGCCUUCUGAUAAGAGAAAAAGAACAUUCUGUCCG